GCAAAGUCUACGUCAGAAGUAUGUCUCUGUUAAAUGAUAAUAUUCCCGUGCAUUAGAAUGCACUGCAGAUGCUAGAUGAUCUCAUUGCAUAGAUGUAUGGCCGGUAUAGCCGGCAACUGGGAGAGUUUGCAAAAUUAGAAGGAUUAAAAGCUCAAGAAAAAAGAAGGCUGAAAGAAGAGAAAGCUCGAAAAAGGGAGUUGAGAGGGUAUCAAGGUAAAAUAGCCAAAUUCAUAGCUUAUCUAUGGAAGCACACAUUUGCAAGACUAGGAGAAGACUGGGUCUUUUUGACUUUAUUAGGAGUCAUUAUGGCUGUGCUUAGUUUUAUUAUGGAUAGAGGAAUAUCCAUGUGUAAUAAUGCAAGAUUAUGGUUGUACAAAGAUCUGACGUCACAUCCAGCAGCUCAGUAUGCAUCCUGGGUAGCUUUACCUGUGUGUUUAGUACUAUUCAGUGCUGGAUUUGUACAGCUAGUAGCACCUCAAGCAAUAGGAUCGGGGAUACCAGAAAUGAAAACGAUACUGAGAGGAGUAGCUUUAAAAGAAUAUCUUACAUUCCGAACCUUAAUAGCUAAAAUAGUAGGAUUGACAGCAGUAUUAGGCAGUGGAAUGCCCUUAGGUAAAGAAGGUCCUUUCGUACAUAUAGCUAGCAUAUCAGCAACUUUACUUAGUAAGCUGGUGACGGGCUUUCAGGGAAUAUACGAGAAUGAAAGCAGGACCACCGAAAUGCUAGCCGCAGCUUGUGCCUGCGGCGUUGCCAGCUGUUUUGCCGCUCCUGUUGGAGGAGUAUUGUUUAGUAUAGAAGUAACGACGGUGUACUUCGCUGUGAGAAACUACUGGAGAGGAUUCUUCGCAGCCGUUUGCGGAGCAACCACAUUUAGACUUCUGGCUGUAUGGUUCCAAAAGGCUGACACAGUAACGGCAGUCUUCAGAACUAACUUUUACAUGGAGUUUCCUUUCGAUCCGCAAGAAUUAUUCGUUUUUGCACUUAUAGGGGCUUUUUGUGGCCUGGGAGGCGCAUUCUACGUAUGGGUCCACCGUCAGUACGUCAUCUUCAUGCGGAAUAGUAAAACCCUGAACAACUUCCUACAAAAAAACAUCCCGUUUUGUUUAUUGGCAGUCGGUUCCUGUAUCCAGGCAUAGUCUCCUUAUGGGUAUCCAGCCUGUCGUUUCCUUUGGGUUUGGGUCAGUUCGUCGCGGGAGAUCUUGACACCCACGGACAGGUGGCCAGUCUUUUCAGCAACUUCACUUGGACCAACAGCAACCUGACCGUAGACGAGUAUAUGGUGCUCACUCAUUGGACCACGCCAUGGACCGGCCCUUUGGUUAAUCUACUUUGCCAUAUUAUUUUCAAUUUUUGCACGUCAAUAGUCUGCUCAACAGUUCCAGUUCCUAGUGGUAUCUUCAUACCGGUUUUCAAGAUUGGAGCUAGUUUUGGCAGAAUCGUCGGUGAAUGUAUGCAUCUUUGGUUUCCAUAUGGCAUGAGAUAUGGAGGCAACAUAGCAAAAAUAAUUCCCGGAGGAUACGCCACUGUAGGCGCAGCUGCUUUUAGCGGUGCCGUAACUCACACCAUUUCCGUAUCAGUGAUCGUGUUUGAGAUGACCGGACAAAUCACUCACAUCAUCCCUAUCAUGAUCGCAGUCCUGUUAUCAAAUGCCAUUGCCAGCCUUUUAGCGCCCAGUAUAUACGACAGCAUCAUUCUCAUCAAGAAACUGCCAUAUCUACCUGAUCUCCUACCCAGUAGUAGCGCAAUGUACAAUAUCUACGUAGAAGACUUUAUGGUGAGAGACGUAAAAUACAUAUACCAUGGAAUGACCUACGAGCAGCUGAAGAGCCUUCUCAAAGAAAACCGACGUCUGCAGAGCUUCCCUUUGGUGGAUAAUCCUGAUAGCAUGGUGUUGUUGGGCUCAAUACAAAGGAUACACCUCAUACAGCUGAUCGAAAAGCAUAUAGGCAGAGAAAGAAGGUUACAGGUAGUAAUGGAUAGACAAAGGCAAGCCAAAGAAAAAGCUAGGCAAGAAGCUUUGAUGAAAGCAGAAGAGAGGAAGAGAAGGCCGUCGAGAUUUCAAGUGGUUCCUGCUGAUGAUAUUUAUCAGCGACAGUUAUCUGACAAUGAAAUAAAUCAGCAAACAUGUCACAAUCCUGUGUUUGGGUGUCAACCAAAGAAGUCCAUAUUGAAGAAAACAAAUUCAUUUACAAUGAAAGGAAUAUCACCUUUCAUUAGCCCAAGCGCGACGCCAUAUAGUACCGUUACAGGCGCUGAAAGUAGAAUUAAAAUAGCUUUUGACGCAAUAUUCAGGAAGUCUUCGCAGCUUCAAGAUGUAAAUAAUGAUAGUCAAACAAUACUAAAGACAGGAUCUCUGGACAAGGCUCAGAUUGUGCCCAUGAGCCCUACGUCAUCCAAAAAAGUGACUUUGCCAAAGGAGCGCGUGUGCGACAUGAGCCCCGAAGACCAACGCAUAUGGGAAGAGGAGCAGAUGCAGAUGUCUGUCGACUUCAAUCAUUGCCACAUCGAUCCGGCUCCAUUCCAGCUGGUAGAACGCACCUCGUUGCUAAAAGUGCACUCGCUCUUCUCCAUGGUAGGUGUCAACCAUGCUUACGUCACAGCUAUCGGAAAACUGGUGGGGGUCGUGGGACUCAAAGAGCUUAGGAAGGCCAUCGAGGAGGCGAACAGUGGCAAUCUGCUACCACGCCCUGAAGGAUGCUAUCAGCAUGGACCUAGCUAUUAUGGUAAUAGUAUCAAUAAUGAAAACGACCAGAACAAAGAGCCAGAUGCCAACACUGCAUUGAUGGCCAACAGUACAGAUGUAUGAAGAAUGCGAGGAAGUGUGAUCAACAUUCAAAACUAUAAUGGUUAAUUUUUACUGAUUAUGAAUUUAAAAUCAAGGACACCAUUGUGGUGACGACUUAUUGAAACUUACAGAGAAAAUGUAUUCUCUGUAUAUUGUGGGGAUGUGUAUAUUUAUUUUGACGAGGUAGGGACCUGGUGAAAUGUAACAAAUGUUCGUUUUCCCUUUGACUCUUGUCAUUAUUUUUUCUGAACUCGGAGUCUGUCUGUUCAGUUCCUUUGGAUGUGAUAAGAUUGCACCGAAGAUAAAUUGUUACGCUUGAAAGGUUCAUCACCAACUAAAUUUAAGUCUUUUAUCUUUGGCACACUGUAAAUGGAGCUCAUGCUUAUACCAAAAACCAAGCUGCUAUGAACAUGAAGCUAAAGUGUAUUUCUCAUGUACCUGAAAUAACCUGUAUCAGGUAUUUCUUUGACGUUGCACAGUGUUUAAAUUUUUUAUUACAUUUGUGCCAAAUUGUAUCUACUCAUGAAUUAAUGCUCAACUUUGAAGUUUACAAAUUACAUAUAAUUACAUUUAAUUGUAUACUACUGAUGACGACCACACUAUUUUAUUUAGUAUAAUGACCCUUCGAACACGAAUAUAUUUUAAGUGAUGAGAUUUGUGAUAGAAUUCAUUGUUUUUGAUUCAUGUUGAAAAUACAUCAUUUUAUAAGGU